AUUUAAUCUCCUCCGGUUUCUCUUCUUUCUGUCUCUAUUAUUUCUCCCUUGUUCACUUCCUCUCUGCGAUCUGAUUCAUCUUUUGUCUCAGGUUUCGGUUUGACCUAUUGUGAAUUGUGAUCAGCUUAUAGACGAAUGGACUUAGUUGCCAAAUACCAGGGGGUAGUAGGAAGGGUGUUUCGUAAUGAAAACUCCGGCUCAACUGAAGAUAGCUAUGUCGAGCGCUUGCUUGACCGGAUUAGCAACGGUGUGCUGGCUGAGGACAGGAGAGCUGCUAUGCUUGAACUUCAGUCUGUUGUCUCUGAAAGUCGUGCUGGACAAAUGGCCUUUGGAGCAAUGGGAUUCCCAGUCAUCUUGAGCGUCUUAAAGGAGGAGCGUGAUGAUUUUGAGAUGGUCAGGGGGGCUCUGGAAACUCUUGUGAGUGCUUUAAGUCCAAUUGAUCAUGCAAAAGGGCCAGCGAAUGAGGUUCAGCCAACUUUGAUGAAUAGUGACUUGCUUUCCAGAGAAGUAGAUAAUAUCUCUCUUCUCUUAAAUUUGUUGUCAGAGGAGGAUUUCUAUGUACGAUACUAUACACUUCAACUUUUAACGGCCCUCCUAACUAAUUCUCCACAAAGGUUACAGGAAGCUAUUCUUAGCAUUCCCCGUGGUAUCACGCGGCUGAUGGAUAUGCUUAUGGAUCGUGAGGUCAUACGAAAUGAGGCACUGUUACUUCUGACUUACUUGACCCGUGAGGCUGAAGAAAUUCAAAAAAUUGUGGUCUUUGAAGGUGCUUUUGAGAAGAUAUUCAGCAUCAUAAAGGAGGAGGGAGGUUCAGAAGGAGGAGUUGUUGUGCAGGACUGUCUUGAACUGCUGAACAAUCUCCUCCGUAAUAGUGCAUCAAAUCAGGUAUUACUUAGAGAGACUAUGGGCUUUGAUCAGUUGCUAUCAGUUCUGAAGCUAAGAGGGACGACCUACAAAUUUACGCAGCAGAAGACAAUAAAUCUACUCAGUGUGCUAGAAACCAUUAAUUUGCUAAUCAUGGGUGGCCCAGAAACUGAUCCUGGCAGAGAUUCAAAUAAGCUGACUAAUAAAACCGUUUUGGUUCAGAAAAAGGUCUUGGACCAUCUCUUCAUGUUAGGAGUUGAAAGUCAAUGGGCUCCAGUUCCAGUGCGUUGUACGGCACUUCAUUGCAUUGGUGAUCUGAUUGCUAAUCACCCCAAGAAUCUCGAAGAAAUUGCAAGCAAAAGGCUCGGAGAGGAACCAGAUUUAGAGCCUGCUUUGAAUUCUGUCCUCCGGAUACUUUUACGCACUUCUAGUAAGCAAGAAUUCAUGGCAGCUGACCAUCUUUUUAAGAACUUCUGUCAGCAAAAUCCGGAUGGCCAGACAAUGUUGGCAUCUACUCUAAUUCUGCAGCCGCAGUCAAUGAUUCAUGCCCCUGUUGAGGAGGAUAUUAACAUGUCAUUUGGAAGCAUGCUUCUACAUGGUCUUACUACAGGUGAAAAUGAAGGUGAUCUUGAGACUUGUUCUAGAGCUGCCAGUGUUCUUUCGCAUGUCAUCAAGGGUAAUAACCAAUGCAAGGAAAAGGUUCUGCAAAUUGAACUUGAAGCACCUACGCCUACUCUAGGAGGCCCGGAGCCUUUGUUACACCGUAUGGUGAAGUAUCUGGCUCUUGCCUCGUCUAUGACUAAAGACGGGAAAUCAAACGCAUCUGAGAAUGUGUUUGUUCAACCCAUUAUCCUGAAACUGCUAAUUAUUUGGCUCUCUGAUUGUCCAAAUGCGGUGCAAUGCUUCCUGGAUUCACGUCCUCACUUAACGUAUUUGCUGGAGCUGGUCUCAAAUCCUACCACAACUGUUAGUGUAAGGGGAUUGGCUGCUGUACUAUUAGGGGAAUGUGUAAUCUACAAUAAAAGCAAUGCUAGUGGAAAGGAUGCCUAUAGCAUAGUUGAUGCCAUAAGCCAAAAAGUUGGGCUCACAUCGUACUUCUUAAAGUUUGACGAAAUGCAGAAAAGCGAUCUUUUCACAUCUGCUAAGCCAUUUUUGCCACAUAAACCAUUGACAAGAUCUAAUGCUGCUAGUAUGGCUGAGAUUGAAGAUGGUGGAAAUGAAUCAUCUGAUCAAAAGAAUGAGCAUCCUAUGCUUACAUCAGUAUUUGAUUCUCAAUUCGUGUAUUUUUUGAAGCGCUUAGAGGCUGAUAUUAGAGAAAAGAUGGUAGAAGCUUACAGCAGCCCAAAGAGCCAGGUGACCGUGGUGCCAGCUGAACUUGAAAAAAGGAGUGGGGAGAAUGAUGUUGACUAUAUCAUGCGGCUGAAGACUUUUGUGGAGAAGCAGUGCCAUGAGAUACAGGAUCUAUUAAGUCGGAAUGCCACUUUAGCUGAGGAUCUGGCCAAAACUGGUGGGAACAACUCAUCCCCACUUGAGCGCAAAGUCAGUGGAGGUUCAGACAGAGUUCAGAUGGAGACUCUGCGUAGAGAUCUUCAAGAGGCUUCACAACGUAUAGAGACACUAAAGGCAGAUAAGGCCAAGGCUGAAUCGGAAGCUUCAACGUACAAAAACUUAGCUGGGAAGACGGAAUCUGAUCUUAAAAGCUUGUCUGAUGCAUACAACAGCCUGGAACAAGCCAACUUCCAACUAGAAAAAGAAGUAAAAGCUUUAAAGAGUGGAGACAUCGAGGCAUUGAAGGAAGAAGCACGUGAAGAAGCUCUGAAGGAGAGUGAAGCUGAACUGAAUGAUUUGCUCGUGUGCCUCGGACAAGAACAGAGCAAAGUGGAGAAACUUAGCAAUAGGCUGAGAGAGCUAGGUGAAGACGUAGACAAAUUGUUGGAAGACAUAGGUGAUGAUGUUGGUGCUGAUGAAGAUGAAGACGACUAGUUUUACUGAUGUUUUUUUUUUCCUCCAGUAAAUUCAUUUCAUUGUAUUUCUUCUUAGUUUUUCUCUCCCCUAUCCCCCUCCCCCUUCUUUUCUUUCCUUGUGGUGCACAUGUUGUACAUUGUAAAAAUUCAUUCCACCAACAUAACUUGAUACUUGAACCAAAUAUGUAAACCAUCUUCUU